CCUUGCUUUCUUUUUCUUUCUCUCUCUCUCUGUCUCCCUCCUUACUUGCUUUAAUUCCUUACAGAGAGAGAAUAGAAGAAAAUGGUGAAGUUCUCAAAGGAGCUUGAAGCUCAACUUAUCCCAGAAUGGAAGGAAGCCUUCGUUAACUAUUGGCAACUUAAGAAACAGAUAAAGAAGAUCAAACUCUCAAGAAAACCAAAACAAACACAAGAAGUACUUAACCAUGACUUUGGUCUCUCCAUUUUCGACCCCAUUCGAUUUUUCGCUGGCAAAUUCUCCAACAAUUUCUUCCGUUCCGAUACCAAAACUGAGAUCAUUAAGGUGAGAAGCAAAACCAUGGAGGAUGGUCAUCUUCGUCAAGAAAUCUACCAAACUGAGCUUCUUCAGUUGUUCUCUGAAGAAGAUGAGGUGAGAGUGUUUUUUGAGAGAUUAGAUGAAGAACUGAACAAAGUGAACCAGUUUUACAAGGCUAGAGAAAGUGAGUUGCUCGAGAGAGGUGAGCUUCUUCAUAAGCAGCUACAGAUUUUGUUGGAUCUCAAGCAAAUUCUUAACAACCGCCGCCGGAAGCCCAAUGCCGCCGGAAUUUUCAAUGCUCCUUCAUGGUCUCCUUCCCCCAGGAAUUCCAAUUAUUCUGAGACCACAAAUGAAUCAAACGAUAACUCUGGAGAAUCUUCAGAAGCUGAUGAAGUAAUCGCAGCACUAGAGAAAAAUGGUGUAAAUUUUAUCAAUUCAGCGACCAGGUCGAAAACGAAGAAAGGGAAGCCUAAAAUGGCCCUGAGAAUAGACACUCCAGCUACCACACCAACAAGAGCAAUCUCAGCUAUUACGUCAAUGCUGUGGGAAGAUUUGGUUAACAAUCCUAAGAAGGAAGCAGGUCCUGGGGAUUUCAUUAACAAGAAGAAGAUCCAGUGUGCUGAGAAGAUGAUUAGAGGAGCAUUUGUGGAGCUUUAUCGAGGCCUUGGCCUCCUAAAAACUUACAGCUCACUCAACAUGGUGGCUUUUACGAAAAUUCUCAAGAAAUUUGACAAGGUAUCAAACCAGCAGGCAUCAGCAAGUUAUCUAAAAGCAGUGAAGAGAUCCCACUUCAUUAGCUCUGAUAAGGUUGUAAGACUAAUGGAUGAAGUGGAGUCCAUAUUCACAAAGCACUUCGCCAACAAUGACAGGAAAAAGGCAAUGAAGUUCCUCAGACCCCAGCAGCAGCAGGAGUCUCACAUGGUCACCUUUUUUGUUGGCUUGUUUACUGGCUCUUUCGUGUCGCUAUUUAGUGUAUAUGCAAUCUUGGCGCAUUUGUGUGGCAUUUUUAAGCCCACAAGUGGAAUAUCAUAUGUGGAGACAGUCUACCCUGUUUUCAGUGUGUUUGCCUUGUUAAGCUUGCAUUUGUUCAUGUAUGGAUGCAACCUCUUCAUGUGGAAGAGUACAAGGAUCAACUACAAUUUCAUUUUUGAAUUUCAACCCCGCACAGCCCUCAAAUAUAGAGAUGCCUUUCUUAUUUGUACCACUUUCAUGACCUCUGUUGUCUCUGCAAUGGUAAUCCAUCUUCUUUUAAGGGCUAAUGGCUUUUCAUCCACCCAUGUUGAUGCCAUCCCUGGAAUUCUACUCCUGAUUUUCAUGGCAUUGCUUAUCUGCCCAUUUGACUUCUUCUAUCGCCCAACACGGUACUGCUUCCUUCGUGUGAUUCGCAACAUUAUCUGCUCUCCAUUUUAUAAGGUUUUGAUGGUAGACUUUUUCAUGGCAGAUCAACUUACCAGUCAGAUUCCACUGAUGAGGCACUUGGAAUCUACGGCAUGCUACUUUCUAGCAGGGAGUUUUCGAACACAGAGAUACGAAACCUGCCACAGUGGAAGGCUUUAUAGGGAGCUUGCUUAUGUCAUUUCAUUUUUGCCAUACUAUUGGCGAGCUAUGCAGUGUGCAAGAAGAUGGUUUGAUGAAAGUGACGUUAACCAAUUGGCAAACAUGGGGAAGUAUGUUUCUGCUAUGGUGGCAGCCGGAGCCAGGCUAACUUAUGCUAGGCAGGAGAAUCACCUAUGGCUUGGUAUAGUGUUGGUUACUUCAGCUGUUGCUACAGUUUAUCAGUUAUACUGGGAUUUUGUCAAGGAUUGGGGCCUUUUCAACCCAAAAUCCAAGAAUCUAUGGCUAAGAAAUGAUUUGAUCCUAAAGAACAAGAGCAUCUACUACAUUUCCAUUGCUUUGAACAUAGUUCUGAGAGUUGUUUGGGUGGAGACUGUAAUGCGGUUCCGUUUCAAUAUUGUUGAGUCACGCAUGUUGGACUUUUUCUUGGCUUCUUUGGAGGUUAUUCGGCGAGGCCAUUGGAAUUUCUACAGGCUGGAGAACGAGCACCUGAACAAUGUUGGCAAGUUCAGGGCAGUGAAGGCAGUACCCUUACCAUUCCGCGAGACAGAUUCAGAUGGCUGAAACUAUAUUCUACAAACUUUUAUGGAAAUGCCUGAAGAUUUCAUGCUAGGAAAAGUCCCUAGCAUUCUGACAUUAAGGGGCGUUCAAAACUUUGCUGCUACAGUUAGACUGGGAUCCACAUCUUAUGUGGGGGGAAAAAGCCUGAUUAUCCUUGUCAUUCUUCACAGAUACAAUUAAGUCUGUGAAUUGUAUAGCUCUCCAAGUUUAUUGAAGAAAGAAAGUAUCAAAUAACAUAUUAAGUUUUGUA